GCAGGAAAUUGCUGAUUUUAGUCAGUACACACACACCUCACCCAGCUCCAUCACCUGAAGCAUCCCCAAACCACAGAACAUUAUUUAGCCACACAGAGAGACAGCAAAACGUCCAACAUCUGGGAAGCUUUGUAAGGAUGCCAUAUCUUCUCAUCAACACACUACUCCGCCUGGUGACGGGUCCAACAAUGGUUGGUGAUGAGUUUUCAGACCCAUCCAUAAUAAACUACUUAGGAGCCAGAAAGACAAACAAAUUGGGGAACAACUUUUGGGAGUACCAUGUGGACGAGCCUCCCCGGGUGGUUCUGGACAAGCUGGAGAAGGUGGGCUUCUCUGUGGUGACCAUGACAGGCGUUGGGUCAACACUGGUUUGGUGUCUAAACAAGGACACCAUCAUGUGAAAGUUGUUACUAACCACUUGGUCUCGCUGCAACAAUGCAUGAGUGUUUUCACCAGUCAGUUAGACUUGUACUAUUGCAUUCACUGUGUGUUUGUUGAUUGGAGGGGUGUCUAUGGUCAGUGAUAACUUGGGUAAGGAUAUACUGUAUGCUUUUUCUCUAGAACAUAUGUCGGUGUAAUUUAAUUGUUGAUUAUAUAAUAUGACGUGGCUACAGUAUUUGAUGUGCCUGCAGUACUGAUGUCAUAGUGUAUUUACAGUAAAAUAUCAUUUGGAGACAUUCAAACAAAUUGCACUUUGAUGUAGCUACAUUCACUACUGUACAUACAGUCCUCUGUCUAUGUUACUAAAUUGUUGCUUGUGACAAAUCCUAUAGUAUGUUGCACAUUUGGUAUCAUGUAUUUUUUAAGGCCUCAAUAAAUCCUAAAAUAAAAAUAG